AUGGCAGACACGGCAACUAUAAUUACCAACGCCACCGCGCUAUAUGGCAAGAUAUCGCGCGCAUACAAUAACCUUCGGAAGCUCGGCGAGGCCAACAUCACACUCGGCGCGGUGGAAGCCCGGCUUCUGAAUCUCGACAAACUGUGGGAGAAGUUCGAUGCGAUGAAUGAUAUCUUGGCUGAGCGUGUAAACGAAAUAAAACAUGACGUCUAUGCUAAACAGGACAUACCUUCACUCGGCGAAGAGUCUUACCUAGUGAACAAGGGCCUGAUGUUGGAGAUGCGGCGUACUCUCCAGAAAAAGGAACGCGCCGCUGCUUCUGCUACUUCAGAGACAUCAACAUCGGCGCCUCGCACCACGCUACCUCGAAUCCAGCUGCCGACCUUUACGGGAAGAUACGAGGAUUGGCCGGCCUUCCGAGACCUUUUCGUCUCCCUCAUCGGCCAGGAUAAGACGACGAAGCCUGUAGAAAAAAUGCACUACUUGAAGAGCUGUGUCAAGGGCAAAGCAGAUCUUCUCAUCAGAAACCUCAGUUCUACCGAAGCCAAUUAUGAACGAGCCUGGCAAACUCUAAGCGACUACUACGAAAAUAAGAGCUUACUAACCCGCUCUUAUUUAACAAAUUUUUUAAGCCUGCCAAAGAUGAAGGGAGAAUCCGCUGCUGAGCUUAGGAAGAUAUUCCACGGCAUCAAGACUACGGUCAGUUCGCUGACGAGCAUCGACCGGCCAGUAGGGAAGCGUUUCCUUGAGCGACGUCUUCACACUCUGGAGUCGUUACCCUCGACGAAGAUCGACGUCUCGCCCAACAAAGCCAGCGGGAGUCAGUCGAGGUCGACUCGUACCCACCAUGCUCGUAAGCAGGACUUAAAGGAGCUCAAGGGAAACACCAGAGGACGCUGUUCAGCCUGCCAGGGUGACCACUUCGUGAUGCUGUGCAACACCUAUAAGAAAAUGACGGCCUCAGAGCGCAAGCAGCACGUCAAAGGCAACGACUUGUGCGGAAACUGUCUCGGCCGACACAAGAUCAAGGAGUGCGCCUCCAAGAAGAACUGCUCUGCGUGCAAUGACCGGCAUUAUACCUCACUCCAUGAUGCCUACCGCUCAUCGGAGACCGUCAAAACGUCGCACGUCAGCAAGGGACCGGUUCCGACGCCUGUAGCGUCUCUUCGUGGCUGCCCUUCUAUCACCGUCAACGCUCUGGUGCUGCCGAAGCUGACCAUCUACGCCGGCGGCUACAACGGCGGCGGGCAAAACUGGUCUCAUCUUCAGGGUCUGGAACUCGCGGACCCUGAUUACCGCUCAGCUGAUCCGGUUGACAUCCUCCUUGGCGCGGACGUUUACGGUUCAAUCCUCUGUCAGGGCCUAAAAAAGGGAAAUCGACAUGAACCAAUAGCUCAACAAACUACGCUCGGCUGGAUACUGUCAGGCGUUGUUGGUGAGACGACUACCGGACAUCACGUUCACACUUACCAAUGUCGAAUUGAAGACGACGUUUCUAUCCUGGUGCGUCGCUUCUGGGAGCAGGAGGAGCUUCAACGGCCUUCACAACUCUUUUCCAAGGCUGACCAGGAGUGCGAGGAUCACUUCCUGCGACAUUACACUCGUACAGCCAAUGGUCGAUAUGUGGUGAAACUGCCGACGAUCGAACCUCUGCCUGACCUCUCAGCCACUCGACGCGCCGCCAGUCGGGCCCUGCAACACGUCAGCAAAAAACUAGAACGAGAAAGUACCUUCCGCAGCAUGUACGUGGAUUUCAUGGAGCAAUACUUGGACCUCAACCAUAUGAAGCCGGCUCCCCUGUCGACUACUGGAUCUCUGCAGCGAACCUGCUACCUUCCUCACCACGGGGUCCUGCGCGAAAACAGUGCCUCUACUAAGUUGAGAGUGGUCUUCAACGGUUCGAGCUCCUUGGCCAACGGCGACUGCCUCAACCGAUUUCUGAUGACGGGACCCAACCUGCUUCCCGCCCUAGCUGACAUCCUACUACGGUGGAGAAAGCACCGGUACGUCUUUGCUACCGACAUUGAAAAAUGUACCGGCAAAUCCUGGUGCAUGCCAAUGAUCAGAGCCUGCAAAGAAUAUUAUGGAGGAAAGACUCAGAGACCGAGAUCAAAGAAUAUUGGCUGA